UUUAAUUUCGAUUAGAAUUUUUACUCGCCCUUACGCGACGGAUUAAAAUAAGAAAUUAGACUCGGGCUCUGGGUUCUUUUGCCACGGCGAUGGAAGCAAAUCCGACGAGCAAACAAACAAUAAUCGAUAAUGAAACACAGAGAGAGAAAGAAGAACAACUGUGGAGCUGGGGAGCAGGAACGGAUGGACAGCUGGGCACCCUCAGGCUCCAAGACGAGCACCUCCCUCAACUCCUUAAUGUCCCUUCACUAUCUUCCGCUUCAUCCGUCUCUAUGCUCGCAUGUGGCGGCGCUCACGUUGUUGGCUUGACCUCUAGUGGGAAAGUACUAACAUGGGGAAGGGGAAACUCAGGUCAGUUAGGCCAUGGAGACAUGGAUUGCUUGCUAUCUCCAAAGAUUGUAAUGUCUUUGGAGAGUUACUGCAUCACUCAAGUUUCAGCUGGAUGGAGCCAUUCUGGAUUUGUUUCAGAUGAACGGUGUGUCUUUACUUGUGGAGAUGGUUCGUUUGGCCAGCUCGGGCAUGGUGAUUACAGGUCACAUUGCUCUCCUGUUAAAGUAUCAUUUUUUGUUAAUAAGCAUGUUGAACAGAUAGCUUGUGGCAUGCGCCAUUCGCUUGUCCUACUGAAAGAUGGUUCAGGAAAUCUACUUUAUGGAUUUGGAUCUGGAAAGCGUGGUCAAUUGGGUAUUUCAAUAGAUAGAAGCAAGUCUGUCAAUGCUCCUGAGAUUAUCCGUGGAUUUGAUGAUGUUCAAAUCAUUACCAUCACUGCAAAUGCAGACCACAGUGCAGCAUUAUCUGCUGAUGGAGAAUUGUACACUUGGGGAAGAGGGUUUGGUGCUACAUCUGAUUUUCUUAGUCCUCAACAAUCACCUUCAUCAUCGAAGUUCUCUAAAGUUGCACUUGGUUGGAAUCAUGCUCUAGUAUUAUCUGAUAAUGGAGAAGUUUUUAUGCUUGGUGGUAGUCAUCAUGGAAUGCUAAGCAAUCCUGAGAUAACAAUUCUCUCAAAGCAUUUAUCAGAUGGAGCUGUUUUGGAGAGAGUCCCAGGUCUUGAUGGGAUAAAAGUGGUGGACAUUGCAGCUGGAGCUGAGCACUCUGCUAUUGUAACAGAGGAAGGAGCGAUUAAGAUAUGGGGUUGGGGUGAACAUGGGCAGCUUGGUCUUGGGAGUACAAGGGAUGAAACCAGCCCUCAAACAGUCAGUUUAGGUGAUGAAGUUGAACGCAAAGAUGGUACAGUCAGAGUUUACUGUGGGAGUGGAUAUACGUAUGCCAUUAGGACAUUUUUUUCUUAAUGAUACAUUCUGGUUAACAUCAAAGAGACAUUAUGCCUUGGCUAUGUAAACCAAUGGGAGCAAACUUUUCUGGAAGCAGUCUGAAGAAAAGUUUAGAGCUGUUUCAUCACUCCUGACGGUGUUUUUCUUUAAAAAAAAGUAAAUUGUGUUCAGUUAAUAUCAUGGUUAACCGUACCUACUGAUAUGUAUUGUAUCCAAUUCGGUACCUUCCUGUCUUGAUUUGCAUCAAUUAUCUUGAUCUUGUAGCA